GGUGUGGCAGUGCAGCACCUGAAGCCGUGGCGUGAGGAGGAAACGGAUAGCUGCUGCGUCUCAUAAGUGGUGCCGAGAAGACAGUGUGUUUGUGUUAGUGUGUGUGUGUGUGUGUGUGUGUGUGUGUGUGUGUUUGUGUGUCAGGUGUUUACGCCGACGUGGAAAACAUGGAGGAAGAGAAGGUCCUGCCCGUCAUCGACCUGAGCCUGGCCAAGGGUCACACGCGGGCCGGCCUGGUGAAGGAGCUGCACGAGGCGCUCACCACCGUGGGCUUCAUCUACCUCAAGAACGUGGACGGCUACGACGAGGAGGCGCUGCUGCGACACUCCAAGUGGUUCUUCAGCCUGCCGAUGGAGCAGAGGAUGGCCAUCUCCAAGAAGUCUUUCAACCCUAAGUGCAGCAACGAGUACCGCGGAUAUUUUCCUGUCAUCCCCGGCGCCGUGUCCCACAAGGAAGCCUUCGAGAUCGGGCCGAAGCAGGGGAAGCCGAAGGAGGGACUCAUAUCGCUGGAGGAGAAGUUCAUCAUCGAGGACAAUCAAUGGCCUCUAGAGGAAUCCGAGGAGGGCAGGAGCUUCAGGACAUGGAUGGAGGUCUACCACGAGAAGAUGACCGAGGCUUCGCGGGAGCUGCUGAGCCUGAUCGCGGAAGGUUACGGAGCACCCAGCGACUUCUACGCCGACAUCUUCAGGGACCCGCAUCUCUCCACGCUCCGGCUCAUCCGCUACCCGGCCAGACCCAACCCGACAUAUGAAGCCCGUGACGGUGACGCGGUGAUCCAGACGGCCGAACACCAGGACACCGCGAUGGUCACUCUGCUGGCCACCUUUGCCGAGUACCCGGGGCUGCAGGUUCGCUGGUGGAAGGACGACUCCAUCAUCGACGUGACGCACAAACCCGGCCACCUCGUCAUGAACAUCGGCCAGCUGCUCUCCUACACCAGCGGCGGGGCUCUCAAGGCUACCAAACACCGCGUGAUCGACUGCUGUGGUGAUAGGCUGUCCGUCCCAUUCUUCCUGGAGCCACGGUUCUACGCCAACGUGAACGUGGUCCUGCCGGGGUGCGAGCAGAGGGAGAGUCAGCCCAAGUACUACGGCCACUGGCUCUUGGAGGGGAUCAGAAAGUGGGCCGAAUACAAGGAUCUCUGCAGGCGAAUCGAAACACAGACCGCGAAGACAUUGUAUGAGGGAGAAGAAGAUGAGGAUGAAGUGAUGAUGUGAAAGAAAUAGAUAGGAGGAAGGGGAAGAGGAGCAAGAGGAUAAGUGAUGAUGAUGUAAGGAUAGUGACGAUGCUGCAAGGAAGAAGAGGGGGAUAUUUGGUGAUGGAGAGGAUAUAAGGAAAGAGAAGAAGAGGAAGAGAAAAAAGAUAAGGUUUUAGUUCAAUGAGAGGUAAUAGCAGGGAGUAGAUUCGAGAAAGAGGAUGAGAAAUUGUGAAGAGGGAAGAGGAAGAGGAGCAAGAGGAGGAGGAGGGGAAUACUGUGUUAAUAGAGAUGAUAUGAUACAAUAAAGAGGAAUUACAUAGGUGGAGCGAGCAGAGGAGGAGGUGGAAUUAGAAGCAAUGUAAGAAGCGCAUUCGAUAAACAGGUAGAGAGCAGAGACAGGUGAAUAAAUGUGAGGAAGAAGAUAACAACAGAGAAUACAUAAGGAGAGAGACAGCAAUGGAGGGAAAAAGAGGAAGGGAGUGUGAAGGUAGAGGUGUGAGGUGAAAUGUGAAAAAAAACAGAUUACCACCACCACUAAUAAUAAUAAUAAUUAUAAUAAUAAUAAUAAUCAUAAUAAUAAUAAUAAUAAUAAUAAUAAUAAUAAUAAUAAGAGUGUAUUGUCAUUCUUGAACUAGGUAUUUCCAGGUAAGCAAUCAGAUAAAUAAGAUUAAGAUAAAGAUGAUGAAAUGACAGGUAAGAAUGAUGAUGAUGAUGACGACGAUGAAACAGAUGAUUUUGAUAUCGUAACAAGUGGUGAUGAUGAUGAUAAAGUUUAUGUAAUUAUUUUAACAUGUGUGGGAAAAAAAAAUUGUAUAACUUUUAAGAUAAAAUGUGGAAGAAAAAAGUUAGUUGAGAGAAAGACUCUCUCUCUCUCUCUCUGUCUCUCUCUCUCUCUCUCUCUCUCUCUCUCUCUCUCUCUCUCUCUCAGUGAUAAAUAAAUGUUGUAAAAUGA